AUGAAGUCUGUUGAUCCUGUUGAAAUUUCUACACCCAAGGCCAUGGACGAAGAGUUGCAACCAGCCUGGCCCAAGUCUGACUCCAAGACUCGACGACGCCUCAAGAUGCUAUGUCGACGCAAAUUCUCAAUUUCUCCCCACUAUCAGCGCAUCAUGCAGUCUCGCACUCCCGAGCCUGUUACCGAGAUGUUCGGCCCUCCUACCGAUACCCGCGUUAAAGACUUUGCUGAUAACUCGGCCUACACUACUCGUGACCUCGGCGUUUCUCUUGUCACCUCCUCCGAGCCGACUCCACUUUCUCGGGUUACACAAGACUUGCCGUCGACUACGGACUGGUUUAACAACCCCGUGUCUGCUCAUGUCGAGCCACCAGUGGCCAAGACUCCUAGUCAGCAUCUUCGUGUCGAAUCUGCCCCUAGCAUUCCUCGUUUGGGAUCUCCAUUCGUGUACAGCACUUGGGGCCCCGGUGGAUUAAAUCGCCAGGUCCAUGAUCCCAAUGCUCGACGUGAGACCGUUCAUGUUCCGGGUUAUCGUGCCCGACGCAACACAUACUUCGACCAGUCUUUGCCCGAUACUGACGAUGUAUUCGCGAGCGUAUCUAGGGAGCACAAGAAUCCUUCCGAUCAAGAAGUUGAACGUCGCUUGGAGGACUAUGUUCGUGACAAUAAGUUCCAAGACAUGGGCCAUGGUCGAAUCCGCAUUCGCAAUCGUGGAGCUACUACUAGCGCUGUCAAUCCCAGAGAUAUGGAUCAACUUUUCUCUCCGCCCUCGUCCCUCAACUCGGGCCCAAUUGAACCCGAGGAGACUACACCUGUUUUGAAACCCCCCAUGAACCCAUUGUUAGACCUGGGUGAAAACAUUAAACGCCUUGGCUCACCCUUCCGGAUCGAAGGAGGACACAAGCGUCGCGAAGCCCCGAAGCGGGUCACUAGACAAGCACUUUCACUGUCUGAUCCAUUCUCGAGCGGUGGCCCUUCAUAUGUCGGACCCGAUGACAAUACUUCUCCCAUGCAGGUUUCUCCGGCUCAAGUACACGAUAAAGCCCUGGGUACUUUGCCAUACAAUGCGUCAGAAGAUGGCCUUUCUGAUGCUGAGCGCAUCCGCCGGCAAAUCUUGAAUAUGCCAUUCACACGCAACUAA